AUGUCCAACAGCAGCUCCAUCACCCACUUCCUCCUCCUGGCAUUCGCAGACACACAGGAGCUUCAGCUCUUGCACUUCCGGCUCUUCCUGGGCAUCUACCUGGCUGCCCUCCUGGGAAACGGCCUCAUCAUCACCACCAUCGCCUGUGACCACCGCCUCCACUCCCCCAUGUACUUCUUCCUCCUCAAUCUCUCUGUUCUUGACCUGGGAUCCAUCUCCACCACUCUCCCCAGAUCCAUGACAAAUUCCCUGUGGGACACCAGGGACAUCUCCUAUGCAGGAUGUGCUGCACAGCUCUUUCUGUUUGGCUUCUUGCUUGGAACAGAGUUUUCCCUUCUCACCGUCAUGGCCUAUGACUGCUACGUUGCCAUCUGCCAUCCCCUGCACUACGGGACCUUCCUGGGCAGCAGAGCUUGUGUCCACAUGGCAGCAGCUGCCUGGGGCAGUGGGUUCGUCAAUGCUGUGCUGCACACGGCCAAUACAUUUUCACGCCCCCUCUGCCAGGGCAAUGCCAUUGACCAGUUCUUCUGUGAAAUCCCCCACAUCCUCAAGCUCUCCUGCUCACAUUCAGACUACCUCAGGGAAGUUGGGCUUCUUAUAUUAAGUUGUUUGUUAGCUUUUGGGUCUUUUGUUUUCAUUGUGCUGUCCUAUGUGCAGAUCUUCAGGGCCGUGCUGAGGGUCCGCUCAGAGCGGGGAUGGCACAAAGCCUUUUCCACGUGCUUCCCUCACCUGGCCGUGGUCUCCCUCUUUAUCAGCACUGGAAUGUUUGCCUACCUGAAGUUUCCCUCCAUCUCCUCCCCAGUUCUAGAUCUGGUGGUGGCAGUUCUGUACGUGGUGGUGCCUCCAGCAGUGAACCCCCUAAUCUACAGCAUGAGGAACCAGGAGCUCAAGGAUGCUCUCUGGAAACUCUUUGAAUACAAUGUACUUCAUUUUAUUAAGGUGCCCAAUGUGCAACGAGGUCUUCCACGGUAUCUCAGAAAAAGCCAGCACAAACUUCUCUUUAUAUGUGUCGUUAUUUUCACUUGA